AUGACGUAUAAGUCUGCGCCUAAUCGACCAUUCCAGGUAUAAUCGAUUCAAAAAUCAGGACUAACAAGUUCAAAAUAUAUCCGCUCGAUAUUUCUCUCCAGUUGCUCUAGAUCUCCUAAUCGGGACUUCCGCGUUUUUCAGUGAUAGAAUUGUGGAAAUAUCAUGAAGCUGGAAGUUUUUCUGAAAAAAAAUAAACCAAUCUUGCGCUUUCUUUCUUAUCCCUUUUUCGUAUUGUUUAUGUCUUCUGGCUGAGGUUCCAGUUCAUUUUGUUCUUUUCUCUUUUUGUUUAUGUCGCUUCGAUUUACGUGUUUCCACCAAGUCGGACGAAUGCUAAUUUUCUAUACAUCUCAGUUUUUGUAGAAUUUUUUUUGACGACGGCGUUUGGUCUUUUUCCUUGUUCUCAAGGAAAAAGUCGAACUAGACUAUUGAUGCGUCUUCGUUUCAUCAAUAGUUCUGGCAAACUGUACAGCUUAAUAGUUUCAUUAUUUUUAUUGAAGGUAAGAUUUCAGUUUGAUUCAGUUGAAUAACUAGCACUUGUACGGAAAAAUCUCCGGAAGAGAGAAAAUUUGUUUCAAAGAACGAUAAAUUCUCUGAAAUAGGUCUCCGGAGUUCCGGUAGUGUUGGAAACCCGCCUGGGCGACAUCAAAGGCGACGAGUUCUUCUUUCUUUCUCGGAAAAUUCGAUCCUUUCUCAGGUUUCCUUUUUUCAAACCACAUUGAAAAUCAUUGAAGAAAGUUUUUUUUUCUUUGUCUAACAGUCUCUCAAGAUUUUUCGAAGAAGUAUCUGGAACGUUGACUUUUUAUCAGUUUCAGGUAUUUUCUUCCAGCUUUUUGAGAGAAGAAUUCACUCCAAAAACCGGUAGCAGUAUUCAUAAAAAAUUAGUUUGUAGACUUUUAUAAACUGUGUCGAAGCUGUAUAGCAAUAGCUUCAGAAUUUUACCUAGAGUAAAGCAAUUUUGAAGAUGUUUUUUUGUAAUGAGCAAGUUCUGAAACUACAUACGCGCAACAGAAAUGAUCGACUCCUAAAUUUUAGAGUAAGUUAUAAGGCGUUUCAUGCAAGUCUUGUUAUUAAGGUCGUUCUCGAGUACCACAUAUGUCAGAAACGAAAAUUUCGACUACAAUCAUUGGAUAACUUUCGAGUAGAUGCUUUGUUUCAUUUUCAUGCUUUCUUUGAAGUGUGCCGUUCGCCGAGCCGCCCGUCGAGCUGCAGCGCUUCCAAGUGGCGAGGCCGAAGCGAGCCUGGCCGUCGAUUCUGGAUGCAACGAAGCCUUCGCCAGCAUGUUUCCAGGUGAUCUCGGCCAUUGCUAGGGCUAUCUCCGGGAGUUUUUCAGUUGCGCGACGACUACAACACUUCGUUCUGGGGCUCCGAGAUGUGGAACGCCAACACUCCGAUCAGCGAGGAUUGUCUUUACCUGAAUAUUUGGGCUCCUGCCGAAGCCUAGUGGGUUUCUUGAAUGUUUGCCCUACUCUUUCAUUGCAGCAACCUCGCCGUGAUGGUCUGGCUCUUCGGUGGCGGAUUUUACUCGGGAAGUCCUUCCCUGGAGCUUUACGACGGCAGGGUGAGCAAGCUAUAAAUUCACAGCAAAAAAAAGUUCUCUUAUUCGUUUUCAUUUCAGUUUCAUUUUUCUUUUCAAUUCCAUUUUUUCUCAGGCACUAGCUUCGGCCGGCAACGUAAUUGUGGUGAACGUCAAUUAUCGUCUUGGACCCUUCGGAUUUCUUUAUUUGGACCACCCGGACGUUCCUGGCAAUAUGGGGCUCCUAGACCAGGUUUUUUUUUUUGAUUUGUUCAAUCACUCAAAAGUUUUAGAAAGUAUCUCAUGAUGAAUCCUUGGUUCUAGGUUUCAGUUGAGAAAGCUGCAUUACGUAGAAGCGAGGAACAUAAAUUUUGUACCGAAUCUUUUGAUGAUCCAGAAUAACACUUGUGAACAGACGCAGAUCAACUACAACACAGAUCGUUGCGAAGAACAAAAUUGAAAAAAGAAUUCGAAUUUGACAUUAGUUUACAUGACGAGAAAGGAACAACAAAGCCAAGAGAACUCUUUUCGGAUAUUCAGAACCAGGGCGAGUAGUUACUCAAAGGCGAUAAUAAAUGGCCCUCUUGUGUAUUCACACAUGUUGCCCUUUCACUUUUUUUCCUCUCAUACCAAAAACUUUUGAUUCGAUCAAGAAAGAAGUUUUUCUUCGAAAAUUUUGAUGACUUUCUUGAACCGGAAAAUUCCCUAUUUUUUGUUUUUGUCUUGUUGAUGUUUUCGUCGGCCACUCCAAAACAUACCCUUAUUUGGAGAUGAAUUGAAUUUAAAAAUGAGAGAAGAAAUUUGAGGAGAUUCGGCGGGAAAUUCAGACGCCCAAAAUAAUGGUUAUUCUUCUAUUUUCCAGCAAAUGGCUCUGCAUUGGAUUCGCGACCACAUUUCAGCUUUUGGCGGCGAUCCUGGAAAAGUUCGUUCGGAAAAUCUCACUUUUUUCUUUCUUCAAGCUGUUUUUUCCUCUAAAUCUAAUAAAAUUGUGAAUUAGUUUAAUGCUCGGAAAUCUUUCCGAGUUGAUUGAAUCGUUUCACGUAACUUGAGCAAUAAGUAGCAAUGUUGAGGUUUGCUUGUUUGGCGAAUCGGCCGGAGCCGCUUCCAUCGUCGCUCAUCUCAUCGCCCCAGCUUCUCGAGGGUUUUUCAAAUUUUAGCACUUGGAAGGAGAAAUAAUCUUUUUGCUAACCAUUUUUAUCGGUUUCGUCAAGCUGUAAGUUUGGAAUUUUAAAAAAAAUCGAACUGAACGCCCUUUUUAUGGCUUGCCAUGAAAAAAACACGUUUUUUUAGUUCAAGAAAAAAACUUUGGAAAAAAAUAUAUAAAAUCCUGAUUUCUCUUUUUUUCAUGGCUCAACCAACAGUUUGUCUCUUUAGAAUUUUUUUAGCUUGAAGUUUAAAAAAACAAAAAAAUAAUAAAAAAAUAAAAAGAUACCUUGAUUGGCAGAUUAUUCGGAAACGCUAUCCUGCAGUCGGGGUCGCUGGACAAUAAAUGGGCGAUGGAUUCGCCAAGUCGCGCCAAACAGAAGUCGCUCGAGUUGACGCGACUCGUCGGCUGUGAGAAGUCCAACGUAAAUGAGUUUUUUGGAGUUUUUGAGUUUGUUGCUUAAUAAAAAUAGAGUCUUAUUGUAUCAGAAUGCACAAUGUCAAUCGGAAACAUCUCUCAGAUGGAGCUGACGGUGUCAUGCCUUCGUCUGGUCCCGGCGCAGCUUCUGAUGCGGCACACGUGGCAACUGAAACUCGCCUUCCUCGAGUUCCCGUUCGUCGCCGUCUCCCGGCACGAGCUGCCAUUCUCAGGCCCCAGUCAACAGCCUUUUCAGCGACCGCCACUUUUUCCGUCACAACGACGCGCUCGUAUCGUUGCGUCGUCUCAACUUCGCCUCCGUCGACGUCAACCUCAUGAUCGGCAUGAACAGGGACGAAGGUCGGUUCCAACUUUUUUAUAGUUCCUGUUUAUUUCUCGAAAUAGAUCGGUAAUUGUCUGAAACUUCUCAACCAAACGGCAAUUAUUCAAGCUGGAUUAUCUUUCAAACUUUUCAACAAUUUUUUUAUAUCUUUCAAACUUUUUCAACAAUUUUUUUCGUUGGUUUUAGCUUUAAGAUGAAAUUUUUUUGAAAAAAAUUAAGCUCAUCGUACUGUACUGUCAGAUAAUUUCAGGCUCAAAAAGAUUCUAUAAGAUUCAAUUUCUCUUCGUUGUCUUUUUCAUUCUCUGACCGUCAUUUCUAACCGCUGAAAUCACUUUGAACGUGGCAUAAAACGACCACAUGCAAAAAGGAUGAUGUAUAUAAAAUAAAGAUAGAGAAAAGACACGUGUUCCGACUGGCUCAUGCCAAGUAACCCUGUCAUGUAGUUUUUUCAACCGUUCAUUCUAUACAUCCGCGACUCUUUGAUCGUCCUUGAAUUUUUGUAGAACUAGAGGUGAUGCCCUGUUUUAGUUAUGACUCUUUCGAUAAAUGAAAUGGAAAUAACGUGUUGACCUCUUGCAGGCAGCUCCUGGAACAUCUACCACUUGGGAGACUUUUUCGACACUGCCGAGCACCCUCUUUUGAGCAAGUAACGAGUUUUUCUUUUGUCAAAAUCAAAAUUCCUCAAAAGUUCUAGCUGCUGGGAACAUGGAAAAUGAACUUCAAAAAAAAAAAACCUAAAUAGGGUAAUUCUGAAUCGGCAGGAAAGAAUAGUUUUGAAGUUUGAAUUUUCGAGCUGUCGUUUAUAUUGUAGUUAGGAUCAAUCGACAAUAAAUCUCAAAAAAGUUCAUUCAUAAGAAUUUAUGUGUUAGAUUUUUUUCAUUUAUCUCGGAAAUUAAUUUUUCAUUUUUUUCUAAAUUCAGGGACUAAUUAAGUUUUGAAGCUAUCCGUUUUCCAAACUUUUUUAGUUUUCUUUUUCACUGAGAAAACACGCAGUUAUUUGAUAAUUUUCUCUUCACAUCCUAACUUGAACAGCACAAAAAAAAAGUCUGCGCCUUCAACCAGUUUAAAUAUUUUGGAUCCGACUUCGAAACGUGUGUGGACCGAGUUUUGGGCGUUCAACCAGACAUUGUUCGCUCUGCGGCUAAGUUCAUCUACGGCGACGAGAAAUGCACGUUUUCGGACAAGAAGAACCGUUUCUACGCCCAGCAGGUGAACAACGUCGUCGGAGACUACUUCUUCACCUGCGACAGUCUUUGGCUCGCUAGAGAAGUUUGGAACUUAGAGAGAAGUCGCACAAUACUGAGUCACAGUAUGCAAACAACAGAAGAAUAAAAGGCCGGGUCUACGUCUAUUAUUUUGCGCAGUCUUCCAGGUAAUAACUUUCGGCGAUUCUUUUUUUUUAAAUGAAAAAUAAUUGAAUUUAAGUACGAAUCCAUGGCCGAAAUGGGUCGGAGCGAUGCACGGAUACGAGAUCGAGUUUGUCUUUGGCCUCCCGUUGCACGUCGAGACUUACAAACGACGGGAAGCUAUUCUUUCUCGGAAAGUCGUUCAGUUUUGGACUUCAUUUGCUACAUCAGGGUUUGCUGAGCAAGAAAUCGGCCUCAAUAGCGUUUCUUCUGUAGCUCAUACUUUGAAAUUUAAGAAGACCUCGAUUGGAUGUGCCUAAACGUACGGAGUCCUGGUCGGAGUAUGACGGUGUCAAUAACACAAAGUCAGUUUCUUACCAAAUAUUGAGAAGCUGGAGUCCUAUCAGAUGGAUGAUGCUGAAAAGUGGGUCCAACGUGCGGCUGAUAGAGGAGAAGAAACGUUCGCAGUGCACCUUCUGGAGACGCGUAAAAGACGCCGAGUACUCGACCUACCGUAAGCCUUUUUCCACCCGACAAAUGGGAACGUUUUGCAGUAACCGAGACGUACUCUCCGAAGGCCAGUGGAUCUCGCCAAUUUCUCUUUUAUUUUCUCUUUUUAUUUCCUUUCUUUCUGACGCGCAUUUGA